AUGGGCCAGGGACAGUCCUCUUCAGGACAGCCGGCGGCUGACGAAGCGGCACCACUCAAGACCGACUACUACGAACUACUCGGCGUCGAGCGCACCGCAACAGAAGACGAACUCAAGAAGGCAUACCGACGCAAAGCCCUCGAACUACACCCCGACCGCAACUAUGGCAACGUCGAAGAGACGACCAGACUCUUCGCCGAAGUCCAGACCGCCUACGAGGUCCUCUCUGACCCGCAGGAACGAGCAUGGUACGACUCUCACAAGGACAUCCUCCUGCGUGGGGAGCAGCCCGGGCAGGAUGGCGAGGAGUUCUCUUACAACAUUCGCAUGACGACUGCAGUAGAAGUGCAGCAGUUGAUGCUCAAGUUCAACGGCCGCAUGGAAUUCACCGAUGCGCCCAAUGGCUUUUACGGUGGUCUGCAUGAUUUCUUUGAGAAGUUGGCGAAGGAGGAGGAUAUUGCUUGCCAGUGGGAGGAUCUAGAUUCUCUAGACUACCCCGAGUUUGGGCACAAAAACGACCACUACGAAGAUGUAGUCAGGCCAUUCUAUUCAGCGUGGACGAGCUUCGCCACGAAGAAGAGCUUCUCAUGGAAAGACGCCUACCGGUUAGCGGACGCUCCGGAUCGGCGGAUACGAAGGCUUAUGGAGAAGGAGAAUAAGAAGGUUCGAGACGAGGCUAUUCAAGAAUACAACGACGCUGUGCGAUCGUUGAUCGCAUUCGUGCGCAAAAGGGAUCCGAGAGUGCAGGAUAACCAAAAAUCAGAGGCCGAGAGACAGAAGAUUUUACGAGAUGCGGCGGCGGCGCAAGCAGCCAGGUCGCGAGCACAGAGGGAUGCGCAGUUACGGAAUGCUUUGAGUGACAUGGAUGCGGUACCGGCCUGGGCUCAGUCGAGAGAGAAGGACGAGCAUGAAGGAGGUUUCUCCAGUGAGUCGGACAUCGAAGAGCAUGAGUAUGAUUGUGUCGUGUGUGACAAGACGUUCAAAAGCGAGGCGCAGUUCCAAGCUCACGAGAGAAGUAAGAAGCAUGUCAAGUUGUUGAAACAGCUCAAGAGAGCGAUGAAGGAUGAAGACGCAGACCUACAAGAGCGAGAUCAGACUUCGAGGGCGCAAUCGGAUGAAGGCGAAGGUGACAAUCUCGAGCAGGACGCUAAGACCACGCUCCCGCAGCAACCGACCGGCUAUGCAGAGAGCGGAAGCGGAGACGCAGAUGAUGGCAGACUCUCCGAGUCCCAACCCGGGCCUGACGUACCUCCUGCGAAGCACGACAUGGAGUCGUCUGCUUCUGACGACGACUACGCCUCGCGAGACGCCAUAGAGGCCCGCCUUACAGGCAACACGACCAAUGGCAUCUCGUCCACCCUCACAGAUCUCUCACUGGAGGGAACGCCAGCAACCUCAGACACAGAUGGCACGCCAGGCGCGAAGUCGAAACUCGGCAAAGCAAAGCAAAAGCGAGCCAAGAAGGCCGCACAAGCCGCUGCUGGCGAGUCGAGGGCGGCUGCUUCAGAAUUCAGUUGUGCUCGCUGCGGAAACGAGUUUGAUUCGAAGACCCAGCUUUUUAAGCAUCUGAAAGACAAUCCGAGUCAUGCUGCACUGAAGGCUAGUGUGCCAGGGAAGAAAGCCGGUGGUGCGAAGGGGAAGAAAAGAUGA